CGGCCCUCAACCGCAGUUGUGCGACCGCAUUUGGCGGGUGAACACCGACGAUAUACAUACGUAGUAUACGACGACACAAAUUCCCAGCCAAGCACAGUAGUUCCUUAACUUAACGCAGUUUAGUUACGUUUGGAAAGUGUGAUCGCUGUAGCUGUGGUUUGAUCUGUGUGCGCGUUCAACAUGUGGAAUCUUCGUGUGCUGACAUUGAUUUUGGCCUGUGUUGUCGCAAUCUCUGGCCAAGAUUUUGGCUAUAGAGGCCAAGACGGACCGGAACAUUGGGGCGAUGAAUUCAAACGUUGCAGCGGCAAGUACCAAAGUCCCAUCAACAUCGAUGAUCUGAAUGUGGUCAAGCGUGAUUAUCCCGAUUUGGAGUACAUCAACUUUGAUUCGACGCCCGAAAGCGUCUCGGUGACCAACAAUGGACACACGGUGCUGGUCAAAAUGAGCUUCACCAAGGGCAAGGAACCUCGUGUUCGUGGCGGACCUUUGGAACGACAGGCUUACUAUCAGUUCGAGCAGUUUCACUUCCAUUGGGGAGAGAACGACACCGUGGGCAGUGAGGAUACCAUCAACAACAAAGCCUAUCCGGCAGAGAUGCAUUUGGUGGUGCGCAAUCUCGACUAUCCAGACUUUAAUAGUGCGCUGGGUCAGGAUCAUGGCAUUGCUGUGUUGGCGUAUUUCUUUAGGAUCAAAAACGUUGGCAGCGCCAGCUAUGCCGAGUUCACCAGGUCGUUGGCCAACAUAAGCCGCAAAGGUCAAACCAUUGACUUGUCAAACCCGCUGCCUUUGAUGAGUUAUGUAUCCAAGGAUCCGGUUAAUUUUUAUAGCUACGUGGGCUCGUUGACAACGCCGCCCUGCGCCGAGGAGGUAGUCUGGGUGGAUUUCCACGAACCCAUUGACAUCUCCGAAGACCAGCUGCAACAUUUCCGUCUGCUGACUGCCAACGAUGACCACUUGAAAAAUAAUUUCCGUCCAACUCAACCGCUGAACAAUCGCACCGUUUACCAACAGAAUCCCAUUGAGUUCGAUCACUCGAAUAGUCGUUGGGGCAAGAUGCCAGAGUACAAUCCCAACAAAAACAAUGCUGCCACCUCAGUUGAUGGAAGUCUCGCUGCACUCUUAGGCUCCGCUUAUAGUCUGCUGCUGCUGUUGUUCCAGGAAUCUGUAACAGAGCUGCUUAAUUAGACCCGUUUAAGGUGAGGCCAAAGUCAUGACCCAACGUCGGGUAAAGACCCAAAGCCAAGCCCAGACGGCAACGCGAAUUGUUUUUGUAUGUGUGUUAAACGCAUUGCUCGCAUUUCUCAACAUUUUAAUUAAGCCGCGUAAUUUACCUACCUGAGCAUUGUUUUGCUUAUUUGACCGAAAAAAACUGCGCUUAAACAUCAGAAGUAAAUGUGGCACUUUAUAAAUUAAGCUGCAGCUGCACUUGACACCCAAUUCAAAUUAUUUAUGUUAUAUAUAUAAGCCAAGCUAUUUAUGGUACUCUUUUGAAUUUGUAUGUCCAUCCAAUAAGUUUUGUAUUAUGUAUGGUAAUCAUUAUGCUAGUGCACCUUGUGAUUUAUAAGAUAAGUAAAGUCGAUUUCUUGUUACGUAUAGUUGACUAUCAAUAAACAAAUAUAAAUCAAAGCCUCUCAA